CCAUGCAGAGGAGAGAACUCCUCACCGCAUCUCAUGCUUUAACUUCAAUUCCCAUAACACCAUGUUUUCAACCGGAUGUAAUUCAUCUAUAGCCUGGAAGCAAAAUCACGCUACAGCGUUGCUGUUUUGAAUGAUUGGAGUGUUGAUCUCAAUGCUUUGGCAGAAGUUUUCAGAAUGAACCCAUUGACCAAAGUGAAGCUGAUAAAUGAAUUGAACGAGAGGGAAGCGAGUCUUGGUGUGAAGGAAUCGGUGUCAUGGCAUACAGAGUACAAAGACAGCGCCUGGAUAUUCGUAGGUGGCUUUCCUUAUGAGCUGACAGAGGGGGAUCUGGUCUGUGUUUUCUCACAGUAUGGGGAAGUUGUCAAUAUUAACCUUGUACGUGACAAGAAGACCGGGAAGUCAAAGGGGUUUUGUUUCAUCUGUUAUGAGGACCAGAGGAGUACUAUCCUAUCUGUGGACAACUUCAAUGGCAUAAAGAUCAAAGGACGGACCAUCCGAGUGGACCAUGUAGCCAACUACCGUCCUCCCAAAGACUCGGAUGACAUUGACGAUGUCACAAAAACCUUGCGUGAGCAGGGGUGCGCCCCAAAGUUGUCUUCGUCUGAGUCAGAAGAAGAGGAUGACUAUGCUGUGCCCAUGAAGAAGCCGAAGAAAGAUAAGAAAGAGAAGAAGAAAAAGAAGAAGGAGAAAAAGGAGGAGAAGAAGAAGAAGGCGGCGGCGGCGGCGGCGACCAUCACAGAGGACCGAAGAACCGAUGGGAGCCAGUCCUCUCUGUCCCCGUCUGUGCAUGUGAAGAAAGAGAAAACGGACACCGGGUACGAGAAAUACAACAAGAAGGGGCCAAUGGACACUCGACCGCCCAGAGGAGAGCGAGCGGAACCAGGCACUCACAGUGCCAGAGAGAGGGAGAGGGAGAGGGAGAGGGAGAGGGAGAGGGAGAGGCAGGAGGAGGGAUCUUCCAGGGACUGGCACACCAAUGACCACGGCAGAGACAGAGAGAGGGAAAGGCUGAAGGAGGAAGACGGGAGAAAAGACUGGACGAGAGACGCUCGAGACGCUCGAGCCACUUCACCCAGGGACAGAGAUAGACAGAGGAUGGAGAGAGAAGAAAAGCCAGCGCACCAAGACUCUCGUCCAGGUGAAAGCUGGGACCGAGACAGAGACAGAGACAGAGAGAAGGUCGGGGAAAGGGACAGAGACAGAGGUUGGGAUCGUGACAGAGAAAGAGAGAGGGAGAGGGAAAGAGACAAAGACAGAGGGAGAGAGAAGGACAGAGAGAGAAAGUACAGGUGAAGGAGUAAUAUCUAAGGGGUCCUUAUCACUGAGCUGUGCAUACUCUAACACUGAGCAUCUGGGAUACCUUAUGUUUUCCCCUCUAGCGCAAGUACUUGGUCCAGGUGAUCCCUUGUGACCAUUCCCUUGUCAUUGAAGACUGCUGUCUGUGGAACU